GUUUCAUGUAAGCAAGAUUCAAAGUGGCGAUGAGCCUGCGUGCGCUGGCAUGGCUCUUUCCACCCACACUACUCCGUCAGGAUUCCUGUUACCGUCGAUCCACUCAGCACCCCCCUUCUUCACCGAGCAACCAAACCAAAACACUCAGGCACAUCUCACUGAGCAAUGGAUACGCCUCAUCCUGACAUAUGCGAGACACAAGCGCCUCUUCGUGCUGCGCGUUGAGGAUGUAGAGGUCCCAGGCGGCGAUUGGGAUGAGAUCCUUCGCAAUGAGAGAAUAAACCGACGAAUCCCACCGUCGUAUCUCUCGUCGUUAAUGGCUAGCAUGGUCGCAAAGAACCUCGCCGUAUACGAGCCAUCUAAGCAGACCCGUGCGGUGCUGCUUUACUGGCGUCUUUCGGAAGAAUGGGCUGAUGUCCUCCAUUCGUGGGCAACAGCGACCGGCCAGCUCAAUACCAUCCUCACUUUUUAUGAGAUCUCAGACCCUCCCAUCCCGUCGCCUCUUUCUGGCAUUCCCAUACCACUCCUACGGCGGGCUAUCACCAUUCUCUCACGCUCCAAUCGAGCACAAAUUAUCGGGGGUUGCUGAUGGCGAAGGUGUGAGGUUCUUUACAGGAUGAUUUUUGGAACAAGGAAUUGUAAUCUGAUUAUGUAUGUCGUUGUACUACUUAUUCGCAAUAUAUGGUCUACCGCAAGCAGGGUAUGAACAAACAAC